UGUACGGUGUGCCGUUUCUCUGUUCCGUUCAUAGGAGCGGUAUCUUCUCGUGCUAAACGAUAAUUUCAUACAAAGUUCCCUCUAUUAACUUUUAUGUUAUGGUUGCAUUCUUAUUCCGUUAUCCCCUCACCUGUAGUUAUUCUUCAAACUAUCAUGAAACAUUGUUCAAAGAUUUAAAAUAACUCUACCUUGAGUUCUGAUAUGCGUUUCUGUAUGAUGAAUUUAAGGUAUUUUCGCACGAAAUUCUAUGACAUUCAUAAGACUGAAAGGCGUUUUAAGUAUUCAAUUUUUUUUUUUCAAAGGAGCAUUAAGUAGAUUGGUUAACGUGAUGGAGGUGAGGUUAAAAAACUAGUUUCUAUAUUACGUCGAAACUUUUUCAAGAUAUAAUACGAAAUUGAAGUUCAUUACGAUAUCAAAUCAAAACAGAUUGUUUUCCAACUCAUUUCAAUUAAUGAAAUCAGAAAUAAACCAGAAUAUGAUUAGAAACGAUUGAAUGAGCUAAACAUAUAUCUUAGGGAGGAAGAAAUGCCUACAUUUAGAUUGUGGAAAGUGAAAUGAACUGACGGCGACAGACAGAAAUCCCUCUGAAUUCAUGCUGCAAAAUCAGAAGUGUUACAAUAUCUCCAUUAUUUAUACCUAGUCGUAGAUCUCCUGAAACUCUCGUGCUGUGUUCACGAAUCUCCCUCAUUAAAUUUUCAUUGAUGCUCGCACAGAAUGCUUAUUACCAUCAAAUACUUCUGUUUCCUCUUUGCUGCGAUCAUCCUACUAGAGCGAACAGUCAAAGCGACUACGGAAGGCAUGACUCCCACUGCAGAGUCAAAGGUUGAUCCUUCCCUGGCUACUCGUCAAGAGGUCUAUGAGGCAGCUGAGGAUAUAUGGGCGCGGGUACAAGCCUUAAAUACACUAGCUCCUGAGUUCCAAGGGCAGAACAACACUGAAGUGGCAGCCCAAGUAGGAGGCGAAGCAACUUUCAGCUGUUACACUUAUCAUCUUUCAGAUGAAAUGGUAACGUGGUUGAAAAGAGAUGACGACAACCUCUUGACGGUUGGACAGCAAGUUUAUGCUGCUGAGGAGAGAUUUUCAGCUGUCCACUCAGAUCACACGGAGGCAUGGGAACUUUGGGUGAAAGAUGUCCAAUUGUCAGAUGCAGGCCAAUACGAAUGUCAGCUAACGACUCAUCCUCCUGUAUCAUUUUUCUUCAUUCUAUCUGUUACUCAGGCAGAAGCAGCGGUGAAAGGACCCAGCGAGGUUCAUAUAGAAGAGGGAUCACACCUGGCUCUCGAGUGCCAGGUCGUUAACGCUCCAGUACCACCUGUCUACAUAUUCUGGUAUCAUAACAACAGCAUGGUUAAUUAUAUCCAACAUCAGUCACUACAGGUCGACCACCUCAAUUAUACCAGUAGUCUUGUCGUCGAAAGAGUAAGUCCGCACCACGCAGGGACGUACACAUGUGAACCUCACUUGGCACUUCCAGCAAAUGUAACUGUGCAUGUCGUUACAGAUAAGCGUCCAGCAGCAAUGCAGCAAGAUCGGAAUAAAAGUGAAGACGGUCCAUCUUCCACAGCCAGUAAAGCAUCCUCCUUACUACCUGUCUCUGCAUCUAACCUUCCUAUGGUCUUUACCUGCAUCUUGCUGCUCACGUGUUGUAUACAUACCAGGGGUGACAGUCAAAGUCCCGUCGGUUAG